GCGCCAUGGGCAGCACGGUUCGGAAGAGCCAGGCGGUGCGGCAGGCGCCCGGCGGAGCGGCCCCGGCAGGGAGAGCCCCGAAACUGCGAGGUGGGCAGCGCCAAACAGCAGCAGAAACUCCCCAGCCAGUUGUUCCUGCACGGGAGAAGCAAAUAGGAGAUCAUGAGAGAAUUCUAAAGGCACAUAAGGAAGAAGACAAUCCUGAGAAAAAAAUGGAAGUGAACGGCCCCACACCAGUGCCAGUGCCAAAUUCCUAUGACUAUGAUCUCAUUGUCAUUGGUGGAGGCUCAGGUGGUCUGGCAGCUGCCAAGGAGGCUGCCAAAUAYGAUAAGAAAGUGAUGGUGCUGGACUUUGUCACACCUACACCUCAGGGAAGCUCAUGGGGUCUUGGAGGAACAUGUGUGAAUGUGGGCUGCAUACCUAAAAAAUUGAUGCAUCAGGCUGCUUUACUGGGACAAGCMUUGCAGGAUUCACGCAAAUUUGGAUGGCACUUUACAGAGGAGGUCAAACACAACUGGAUGACCAUGACAGAAUCUGUUCAGAAUUACAUUGGUUCACUCAACUGGGGCUAUMGGGUUACCCUGAGAGACAACAAGGUCACGUUUGAGAAUGCAUACGGAGAAUUUGUUGGGCCACACACAAUCAAGGCAACAAACAAAAAAGGAGUUGAGAAGCUGUACACGGCUGAGAGAUUUCUCAUUGCCACUGGUGAGCGACCACGCUACCUGGGCGUGCCUGGAGACAAGGAAUUCUGCAUUAGCAGUGAUGAUCUUUUCUCUCUGCCUUACUGUCCAGGGAAAACCCUGGUGGUUGGAGCUUCCUAUGUUGCCUUGGAAUGUGCAGGAUUUCUUGCAGGCCUUGGAUUAGAUGUCACUGUGAUGGUGAGAUCCAUUCUCUUGAGAGGAUUUGACCAGGAUAUGGCAAACAAAAUUGGAGAAUAUAUGAAAGAACAUGGAGUCAACUUUAUCAGGGAGUUUGURCCAAUCAAGGUUGAGCAGGUUAAGGAAGGAACUCCUGGAAUACUGAAGGUYACAGCMAAGUCCACAACGGGGAAYCAGAUAAUUGAAGGAGAAUACAACACUGUGCUGCUGGCGAUCGGACGAGAUCCCUGCACCAGAAAAAUCGGUUUGGACAAAGUGGGAGUGAAAAUCAACGAAAAAACGGGAAAAAUUCCUGUCAACGACGAGGAGCAGACAAAUGUGCCAUAUAUCUAUGCUGUGGGAGAUAUCCUGCAGGACAAGCUGGAGCUCACACCCGUGGCCAUCCAGGCAGGAAGGCUCUUAGUCCAGAGGCUUUAUGCUGGGGCAACCACUAAGUGUGACUAUGUGAAUGUUCCAACUACUGUAUUUACUCCUCUGGAGUAUGGAGCCUGUGGGUACUCUGAAGAGACCGCAAUGGAGAAAUUUGGGGAGGAAAACAUUGAGGUGUACCAUAGUCAUUUCUGGCCCCUGGAGUGGACUGUGCCAUCCAGAGAUAACAACAAAUGCUAUGCAAAGAUAAUUUGCAAUAUUCGAGAUAACGAGAGAGUCAUUGGUUUCCAUGUCCUUGGUCCAAAUGCUGGAGAAGUCACCCAAGGGUUUGCAGCUGCUAUUAAAUGUGGGCUGACAAAAGAACAGCUGGACAGCACMGUGGGAAUUCAUCCUGUCUGUGCAGAGGUGUUCACCACCCUGUCGGUGACCAAGCGUUCUGGUGAAAGCACCACUGUGAGUGGAUGCUGAGGUUAAAGAGCCCCAUUCUUGCUGCUGCCAGAGACUGACUGUCAUCACAGCAUCCAAAUCCUGAGAUUCAGAAAGAAGGAUUUGKGACAGCUGCAGAAAUGAGAGGAGCUUUACCUGGACACUCCAUCCYGAGGAGGAGAGCUGCUCACUCAGCUUUCAGUGGGAGCUGGUCACUGGUGGUGAUGGGCUGGCAAUUAGCAAUGCAAUGGGAAUUUUGAGUGUCCAGUAGUGAUUAGCAGAGCAUUUCAUCAAUGCUUUCAUGAAGUCACAGCCUGAAGCCUGCAUUGUCUGGUGGGCACUGACAGAAGAACUGCUAGCACAGCUGGRCAGCAACUGUUUGGAUUUGGCUUUAUUUUUCUCUAGUUUUUUUCCCUGCACACUCCUUUCUAGUUCUUUUCAGAACAAAGAACUUCCUAACUCACAAAAAUCCCCACAGGUUCAGAUUAUUGUAUCAGGUAAAAUUCCACGUGCUGGGCCAUGACACAGCAAAUGCAAGGUGUCCUCAUGGAAAAGCUUAAUGCCAUCUAAAAUUAUGUAAUUUUUGCCUUUCAAACUGACUCCAUUGUGACUUUUUACUUAGAGAGCCUUAUUUGUGAAAAAAUUCUUCUCAGUGAGAAAGGAAAAUUAUUUAUCAAGGCCUUUUGGUACAGAAAGUUGUUUGGUUUCUUCCCUGAAAGUAACAAUCAYGUAUCUAAAACAGAUGUGAUUAUCUUUCUUGAAGUUUAUGUGAUUUAUAAUGAAUCCAAUUUGGAGCUGACAGAAUUCCAGUGUUGAAUGAAUGAUAYUUCCAAGAACUCUGUGUAACUUUAUUAAAUAUGAGUGAAUUUCUUUCUUUCCAGAUGAGCUGUCAUAAGCUGCACUGAUUCAGGUCUAAACUGGCCACUGAACACAAAAGUGUUGAGAUUUCCCUGAGAUCAUUGAGCCCAUAGAAUAAACAAAAAAAAACAAAAACCAAACAAACAAAUCCUCCAACCAAACUCCAAAAACCAAUAGUGAAAUAUCUCUUWUAUAGAUAAGGUCUAAAAGUUGUAUUUAGUUCCACGUGUGAGAUGUUUUAUGUUGUUUAAUUAAGAAAACAAUACUUUUAAAACAGAGGUUUCCAUGGAAAAUACCRGAUUUUUGACUAUCCCUCCUGUGUUGGAUAAUCUGCAUUUAUAACUGUCAAGAAAUAGCAAAAAUCUGGUUUUGUGUCCCUCUCUUUUAGCAGAAAGGUUUGGAUUAAUUUCAUGAAAUGGUUCUUGGGAGUUCAGUAAAUGGUGUGAACUGUGGCUGUGGGCAGAAUGCCUUAUGCCUAAAUUCCURCCUGGGAACAAAUUCUUAUAUUUCUACUGAGAUUUCUGAAAUAUUAUUGUAAGUUAUUUUUAUAAACCCAUACAUAACUGAAGGAUUUUUAAACAUGCUUUGUAUGGUAUCUAGAGCAGUUUGUGAUGUUAUUUUUCUGGCCAGUUUAAUAAAUAAAUUGAAUAUUUGCACAAGCA